CAACCUUUUUCGCCGACCCCCGCCUAACAACCUCAUUCCAUCACUCAUACCAGUCGCUAUGUCUGGAUUAUCCCCACAGCCCUCGGAAGGCGUUUACGAACCCAAACCUGCACUGGGCAAUGCAACCACCAUAGGUCUUCAAGCAGGUAUUGUCGGCGCGUUUGUAAGUGCAGUUCAAAAUGCCUUGGGAUCGCAUUCUCGAGGCGCUGCUGGGUUCUUGACACGCAGUGGAGGCACUAUUGGAACUUUCGCCGCCAUGGGCGCUGCUUUUGCGUUCACGGAGUCAGCUGUAGCGAAUCAACGAGAAACCAACGAUGCGCUGAAUGGCAUUGCGGGUGGUUGUGCAGCAGGAUUCCUCGCGGGUCUUCGAACACGCUCAAUACCGGUUGCACUUGGGUCGUGCGUCGUAAUAGGCGCAGCUAUGGGCACGUUCGACUACGCAGGGGAAAUCGCUGGCAGGUCGAAAGAGGAAAAGGAAGAGAAGAAAAAGAAGUUCUUCAAGCCAGUACCUCAGCCUGUCCACCACGCUUCCGAGUAAAUGCAUCAUCACUCUAUAGCCCACCAUGCCAAUUCUAUAUAGAUUUAAAUGCUGGCACCGAGCUU